AUGGGUCAGUCGCAUUCCAAGGGCAACUCUAGCCCGGGCGACUCUUUGCAGUCGUAUCCAUCUUUCUCUCGGUCGGACACCAAAGAAUCGCUCCGUUCUCUUCGCGGCUCGAUCCGCUCGAAAAUCCGUAGCAGUGACAGUCCCCGCGCAUCGACAUCCGCCCUGUCACAAACGGAGAGCCAGACCGACAGGUCGGAUGCUGGCUCGAUCAAAUCGGCAGCAAGUCGACGCAGCUCUACCAAUUUGAGUGCACAGUCUCCUACCGCCGAGGACCCUGCUGCGACACCCGAUGCCCCCGAGCCUCCCCCAUCCCCAUCCUUGUCGAGCAGUUUGAAGCGAGGACACCAAGAUGUGAGUGCUAUGCAGCAAAGUGGCGAGGUUGACCAUGUGUCGGACGCUCCUCCCACUGGUGUUGCUCCCGUGGGCCCAUCCUCGCAGGCCGUGGGUGAAUCUAUCCUCAUAAAAAAGGAGAAUCAACUCAACCCCAUUUUGGAUUAUAUCAUGAACACUCCGCUCGAGGCAGCUAGUUCUCCAGGUAUGGGAAUGGGCGCUCUGAAGAUUAUUGACUUGGACGACAUGAUUUCGCGGCUUCUCGACGCCGGAUACUCGACCAAGGUUACCAAGACCGUCUGCUUGAAGAACGCAGAGAUCACGGCCAUCUGUACCGCUGCACGGGAGUUGUUCCUCUCUCAGCCGGCUCUGUUGGAGCUGUCAGCCCCUGUCAAGAUUGUCGGAGAUGUUCAUGGUCAAUAUACGGAUCUUAUCAGGCUUUUUGAGAUGUGCGGAUUCCCUCCUGCCUCAAACUAUCUGUUUUUGGGUGAUUAUGUGGACCGUGGAAAGCAGAGUCUGGAAACGAUUCUUCUUCUGCUUUGCUAUAAGCUGAAAUACCCGGAGAAUUUCUUCCUUCUACGUGGCAACCAUGAGUGUGCCAACGUAACCCGCGUUUAUGGGUUCUAUGAUGAAUGUAAACGGCGUUGCAAUAUCAAGAUCUGGAAGACCUUCAUCGAUACCUUCAACUGCCUCCCCAUUGCUGCGAUCGUCGCUGGCAAGAUCUUCUGUGUCCAUGGUGGUUUGUCUCCUAGCCUCUCGCAUAUGGAUGACAUUCGAGGAAUCGCACGUCCGACCGAUGUGCCGGACUACGGUUUGCUGAAUGACCUUCUGUGGAGCGACCCUGCGGAUAUGGAAGAGGACUGGGAGCCGAACGAGCGCGGUGUGAGUUACUGCUUCGGUAAGAAGGUCAUUAUGGACUUCUUGCAACGUCACGAUUUCGACUUGGUCUGCCGAGCGCACAUGGUCGUCGAGGAUGGCUAUGAGUUCUACCAGGAUCGAAUUCUCGUUACCGUCUUUUCUGCCCCUAAUUACUGUGGUGAAUUCGACAACUGGGGGGCCAUCAUGUCGGUUUCAGGUGAAUUGUUGUGUAGUUUUGAGCUGCUCAAACCGCUGGAUUCCACCGCCCUGAAGAACCAUAUUAAGAAGGGCCGGAACAAGCGGAACAGCAUGCUCAGCAGUCCUCCUGCACCUGUCUCCGCGCAAAGCUACUAG